UUUGGCGGGAACAACAAAUUCAGACAUGUUAUAUGAGUUCUGUACUUGCUUGGCCGUUUGUAGCAGUAGCUUGGCCCCCUUGAAGACCCGCGAAAACUGGAGUAGUUGCUUGGCUACUUGAGAAUUGAUGGUUCUUUUGCCCUUGACGAAGCAAUUCGAUAUGAUUUCCUUCCUGCUUCCUUGCGCACUGCUUCAUCUGUUGCUUUAAUCAAAUCAUAGCUCCCUACUUACCUAGAAUAUGAAUUCCUCCCUUAUAACCACUACUUUGGGCACUUAUACUUUCCUGGCUAAUUUCCACAAGACAACACUAGCACUGCAUUUGAUGUUUCUUAACUCCUUUAGCCCAUUAAUUAAGGGCACAGGACAAGGUGUUUUUAUGAUCGCUACCUUAUUGACCGCCACUUCUGUAUUUCUUAUCGCCUUCAUUGCUGCUCCUCCUGUAGAUAUUGAGUGUCUUGUCAGCUUGCCUAUUCUGUAUAUAUAACCAAUUGAAUAAAAUAAGUGCAUUUCUCCAGUUGAGGCAUGAUUGAAAUUCGAAUAUUCCCUCCUGACAGCUUAUACAAAGAAAGCCUUUACGUAUAGUAAAGAAAGAAGAUAGUUUUGGUUGGUUGUUGACCAACUAGUAUAGGGGGUUUUGAUUCUCUCUUACAUCAACUUCGUAAUUACAUGAAGCCUUGCCCAAAUCAAUACUGAGAUCUCUUUAUUUCUUUAGGUCCUAUUCCUCAAUGGCAUUUCGAAGACGGGGUUUACUGUAAUCUAUGUGUCUUUCCCCACGAUUGGUUUGAACAGCUCAUUGGAGAAAGAAUAGGAAUAACUAGAAAAUGGAGUCCGCCUUCUUUUGAAUCGAUAAGAUGAUUUCAGGUUGGAAGGCUAUGCGGUAGAAAUAAGGUGGAUAGGCGUGAGAUAAUCAAAUCAGAACCAAGCCUAUGAAACCUUUGUACAUAAGGGCUACCCACCAGAAACUGUUUACAAACACAACGGCUUGAUUACCAUGUCCAUCUUCCGUAUGUAAGAUCUUUCCUAACAAGAGAGGACUGGCCCUUUCGGCUGAUUCAAUCAGAGAUGAAGCGCAACGCUGGCUUUUGGGUAAUAUCUAUGUUGUUAGGCUUAGGCCUACGAUUAAUUACACUUUUUGUAAGGCGGAUCCGCUUUAAAGUAGGCAGUUCCUACAGAUGCUUUAUGUUCCAGAUAGAAUCGAAUGGAUAUCUUCAAAACUCCGAGUUGUCUAGUAGUACCCGUUAAGGAUAUGUGCAUCAUUUGAUCAUUCGGUUAGGAAGGAGGAUAAUCAAUGGCAUCCUCCCGGCCAAUCUAUAUGUUUUGUUAAUAACACAAGCUUCUUGCUGUGAAAGCUGUAGUGAGGUUUUUUAAGAUUGAGUUAGUAGCGACCAGCUAAUAAACUAAUGAACACUGGUACAAUAUGUCCUAAGGCAAAAAACGGUGUUGUCUUUCAUGUCCUGCUUGGUCUGUUCUAUUUAUUAGACAGUUGCAUCGCUUUUAGUCAGGCGUACCCUCCGACCUCUCGGCAAAUAGAGAAGGAGAUAGAUCCUGCAAUGAAAGAACGCCUUCAGCUGAUUCUAGUUUGACUCAACAACACUCCGACCACUGUACAUAAUGGAAAAUAGAUUCCAAAUCAUUCCGGAAUAGGAAUUAGGCGUUGCUUCCUCCUACCUUGUUGGGGGCCUGUUCUAGCUCCUAUAAAACAACCUUUUCCUCUAUCUAUUUUCUACUUGGUUUGUCUCUGAGGGGAUGUGGUAACGUAAAAGGGAUAUGAGAAAUCAUUUGGAAUUUACUAAAAUAGAGCUUUUGUGUUCGCCUUUCCUUAAAAUACUGUAUCUUGGGUUAUUCUUCUCCACUAACAUGUAAGAAUUUGUAGAUCUAUAAUAUACUUAUAGAAAAGGAGUCACUAGAAUACUUAUAGAAAAGGAGUAACUAGAAGCCUUUCCUGUAGUAAUGUCCCAGUAACCAUAACUAAGAAAUGGCCUUAUUAUAUAGAUGAACUAAGAAAUGGCCUUAUUAUAUAGAUGAACUAAGAAAUGGCUUUAUUAUAUAGAUUUGGAAAUAAACAAGCGUACUUGAAGUUAAUUGCGGUUAGGUACCUUCUGGAAUAGAAUGGAGAGUUAGUUGGUUUCAAAAAGCAAUGAUCUAGUGCUUAGCAGAGGAGUUCGAAAGAUUAUAUGGCCUUUACUCAACAUUAGUUAGAACGCUGAGGAUAUAGGCUCGGUAGAAAUUAUGGAUUCAUCAAAAUCAGGAUUUUUCUAUAUCUCGGGUGAGCCAAGCAACUGGACAAGUAACUACUAAUGAAGUGAAGAAGGCUUCUUUUCGAGUCGUUAAUGUCAACACUCCGCCCCACAGCUGAAUGGAAUUAUUUGGAUUUAGUUGUGACCAUUGUUCUCAUGAGUCGUACCUUGGGGUGGGUGUUAGUAUAUCUGUCUUUAUUACAUUUGAUGCUUGAAGCUGCAAACCAAUCUUAGUCCUUAUGUGCACCUCAAUAGGAGUAUGGUAAGGAAGUUCGUUCGACUCUUUGUUAAGAGAUACUAUAGCCAGCCACGAGUUGAGUUAGGUUAUUUUGGAGAUCGACCUAAGCCCCCCUAAUAACACUUUUUCUUUGAGCUGUAAGAUAUACUACAGUUGGUGGAGCAUAUCAAAGUCCAAUGUAUAUUCCGUUGAAUCAGAGAUCUAGCAGCUAUGAAACGAAUUGAAUCAGAGAUCUAGCAGCUAUGAAAGGAAUUUAGUAUCAGACGAGAACCGAGCGAGCUCAUUCGGUUUGGUCUUCUCUGGAAGAUCUAUGAUUUGGUAGCAGAGAAGGGUUUAGGUUGUAUCGUCGUUCCAGUCACGAUGAAAAACAAGCGAAAAUACCGAUCAAACGAAAUUAGGACGAUGUUAAUGGCCGGCUUAGUUCAUGGGCUGAAGAAAGGCGGGGUUCCUGAUCUAUUGCAGAAGAAGAAGGCUCACUAGCAGAUGAGCUAACUCGAGGACUCGAAUCAGUGUGUUGCAGGCAUUUUCAGUUGCUGGCCUGGCCAAGGAGGAUUCCAAUAAUCAAAGAUGAUAGCUCUUCUUGAACUUCCGGAAGUGAUAGAAACCAUGAAACCGACUGAUGCCUCGCUAAUCAAAGCGGAAUAUCUCGAUCCUUGCUUGCUUCCCAGAAAUGAUCUGACCGCGCAUUGCCGGAUAACACGUCUCGCACCGUAGCGCCUGAGACAUAAGGUCUUCCCACAAAUAGAUACUUAGCCGUCGAAACAGCACUAUUGGGCUCAAGUCCCUCAUGAGAGAAAGACAGACGCAUUCAUUGAUCAGCCACCAAGCAAUAAACAAGAUCCAUCUAUGAUAUGAUCAGCCACCAAGCAAUAAACAAGAUCCAUCUAUGAUAUUCAACAAGAUCUAUCUAUGAUAUGUUAUUUCCAUAAAUCAAGAACAAUGGAGAAUCUUUCAAUAUCUUGUGUCUCGAAGAUGUACAAUCAUCCUUUUCAUGUGCAAGGAAACCAGUAGAUAGGCUCGUUCCUAUCUUUGAGAAUCCUAUCUGGAAUGCCUUUCUUCCACUUCCCCGCCUAACUCCAACUAUCAGAUUUGCUUCCACCGCCUAGUUACUCACUAUGGGAUUAGCUUACAGUAGUCGGGCCUAUAACAACUACUGCUGACAAGACUGCCCUUACUUGCUUCUAAGGGAAAGGAACGAAAACAGGUAGACGAACAAAGGAACGAAACCGGGGCUAAUGGGGCUUACCCCACAGACAAGGGAAUCUAUCUGCUGACAAACAGACCUGUCCUGGCGCUUCUCAUACUUAUACUAGAAACUGGGAAUCGAGCUAUUGCCUUUAAGACUAGAAGAGCUACUGCAUUGGAUCUAGCGUCAAACUACCUCUCCUUGUACCAACUCUGGAUUGUUAAUGAAAGAGUAUACACCUAUUACAUAUAAUACAGAUUGAAAUCAAUGAGAAGAGAAAAAGAUUGGAACACUGUCCCCAUACGCUGAAACCGCUAUUAUCAUACUUAUGGAAUCAAUAAGGGAAUAAAAGAAUCACUAAAGUAAUACAGAAAUGAACUAUAGGACAUACUAAAAUAGAACUCCAAAAGUCAGGCUCGAACUCGCAACUAGCUCUCUCGGGCAUACAAGGGUCGAACAAGGGUAUACAAGAAAGGCUGCUACUACUUAUAGAAUCCAACUAGCACCAACACAAGACUUACGCCUUAACACAUCCAAUCCAACUAUCAACUGCAGAACUCAACACUGCACUGGCAAUUCCACUCAUAAGUAAAGAAUGAGAAGCUACCAAGUAAAGCUCUCACUCUCACUAAAUAAUGGGGUCAAGUAAUAGGAGACUUAAGGCAAGGUAGUUAGCCGAGUUUCCAGUAGUUCCAAUCUACAUUAUGUAAGAUCAAGUAUGAGAAGGCACAGUUCAGGCCCUAUCAGUAGUCGCUUUAGUCUAAUAGUCUGAUUGAAGAUCUUAUCAAUAGUAGUUGUAGCCUUCUUUCUUAGUGCAAGUCCCUUAGUGCACUGAUCCAUUCCCAGCUCCGAGUUUAAUGUCCCUGUAAAAGGUAGAGCUGUGGUUUGCUCCAAUUACUAUAAGCAAAUGCUAGAGCUGCUCCUAUUACUAGAAUCAAAUACUAGGUAAAUAACCCUGUUACUAUAAUAAACUAACUCGCUAAUAGAGUAUAAGAUAAUAUAAGAUCAUGUUUGAACAAGCCAAUCAGAAGCUAUGCAGUAUCUCGGCUCGGGGAAGAAGAUAUAUAAAGUCAUUCCGGAAUAGUAGGGCUAUUAGCAAGUUCUUAAAAUGGAGUGGAUUGGCUUUCCUGAGUCGGGUGCUUGCUUGGCUUGACCGAGUCUUAGCUGUCUAACGAGAAAGUCAGCUACAAGCGCUAAGUGAGCAAGGUAACCAUCAAGGUCAAAGCAGCAAUCUAUUCUUCAAGUAGAAAAAGCAACCGUAAGAAAGAGGUGAGGAUAGAAAGAACGUACUCUGUAUUUCAGUCUGAUUAGCGGGGUAGUCCAUUAUUCUUAUCAUUAAGUAGUAGGAGAACUAGAGACAAUCAAGUGAGAUUUAGAUCAAGGGUAGUAAGAGUGGGCUAAAGAGCGAGAGACAGGAAAGCCGUAUUUUUGGUUCCAAGAUAUAGUCUGAUAGACCGGAGUGUUAGUUUGAGAUCGAGGAAUAGCAGACCAAUAGAGCGACGAAGGAGUUUUGUUUUAUAGGUUUGAUAUCACAAAUCAUAAUGAAAGUUCUAAUAAAUAGAAUAGGGUAUGGGACUAAUAGUAUAGGUGAUGGGUAAAUGUCAUAGGAUAUGGUAUGAUCCGGUGCGCAUCUAGGUUAUGGUAUGAGAUCCAGUGCAUCUAAUCAGUGCAUCUAACAAUUGAAUAAGAACCUGGGAUUGAAUUUCCACUCGCCGAGCAGACAAGCAACUAAAGAGAGUAAGUAUAUUCCAAGAGAAAAGCCACUAAAGUCACUACUAUUAAGAAGAAUGCCAUUAAAAAACCAGAAUUACAGCAUCAUUUCAAAGAGCUGCUAACAAUGCUAACAGGGAAUCGAACACUGCCUAGCAAGACAAGACCUAUGCUUUGGUUGGUUGGUCACUCCACUUCUGAUUCUGCUGAUGAAGAUCCAGCUUCUCCACUUUCUUCUUUACCAGCUUCUGAUCAAUGGGAAUCCACUUCCCUUUUUCCUACUUAACUAGCUAGAUUGCUUUUGAAAACAUAUUCUUCUGUUGCUGAUGGUGAUACGAAAACUGGAAUGGAACCCUUUGCUUUUAGAGUGGGACUUGCUACUUCGCUGACAAGACAAACUUCAUAGCCAACGCCGAGAUAUCGAACUGCUUAUUCUGGAGUCGACUUAAAUGUAAACCGUAUCAACCGUACUACUUAUAUUUAGAAUAUGCUCUAUGAUAUACAAUUUGAGAAUCGGACCACGGAUAGAAAGAAGAAAACUGUGCCCAUAACGACUGAAACCAGAAACUAGGAUUCGCACUUAGUAGUAAAAGCCUUAUCGCCCGGGGUCAGUGCCAAGCCGUAUUACUCGCCCCGGCAUGAAAGCCUCAUUUAUCUUAUCAAAGGACAGGCCUCGCUCCUUAGCUUAAAACAUCUCCCAACUUUCACUCUGGAUUGUCAGCUGCCAUUGCUUGCUUGUCCUUACGCCUAUUGGGGAAAUUCUCCCUUUUCUGUUGAAGUUGUCAAGUAAUUCCUGUGUUCUUACUAAAUUCUUACUAGCUGCGGUUCUAUUCUUUUGAGUGGUAUAAACAUAUAGUCUUGCCUGGCAGUGUGUAAUUCCUUAUUAAAGGAUAAAGGAUCGAGAUCAGUAGCUGCAGAGUUGAGGGUAUUAUCCUAGGCAGUAGUAGCUGGUCAGUAAAGGAAAUAGGAUGUGAUGGUCCGGUAGUAAUUAAAGAAAAUCCAAUAUAGGCAAUGCAGACUAUACGCUUUGAGGGGCAUACCAAUAAUGGACUACGGACUCCGGUUCAGUAGCUAUAAAAUCAAAGGCAUUAGUCAAAGAGGCAAGUUACUACUAUAGCAUUAAAGCAAAGAUCUAAAUCAGUAGCACAAGAAUACAGGUAAGAAAAAGGCAUGGCAGGCUAACAUUAAACACCCGGGAUCAAUAGAGAAAGAUUGAAGUCCAGUAGCUCCAUUCUUGUAUUUUAUGCUUAUUAAGUAUUCGUUUGAUUCUAACAGUUGAUAGAGGAAGAGCGAAAGUCAAAGUAAAGGGAAACAGACUUCAAACGGAGCAUAGGCAUUGGGAGCGGAGUCACAAAAGAAGAUAGGUUAUCUUGCUCGGUGACUGAUCAGCAGGGUAAUCAGAAUAGGAGUUAGUGCAGACAGGCUUAUAGGUGUGUAUAGUAGUUACAGGAAAGAGAAGCGCCGGUCCAAUUCUUGAUUCAUAAUAGCUCCACUCACCAAGUAACUAACGAGUAGGUCAAACUAAUAAGCAUAUGUAAGAGACAGAGAAAGGACAGAAACACGGAAUUGCAGGAGGGGCGGGCUAGCAAGCAACGGGGCAUACAAAGGAGCGGCGAACUAAAGAACGAGAUACCGGAGCGGUAGGCUAAAAGCCAGGAAGGGAAGCCGAAACACCUCCACAAAGUAUCAGGAUUAGAUGAAGCAGUGGGACCUAUAGUUAGUAGUUUCAGAACCAAAGACAGGAAAAGCAGUCUUGUGAGUAGGCGCGCUAGCAAUUAUUAUAAGGGCCAAAGAAUUGCAGACAGGAUCAACAGAACGAAGCUGCCGAACUAAAGACUUUCGUCAAGGAAUGUAAGUUUGAUAUCUAGUGUAUAGAAAAUGGAAGACAGGAGCUACAGAGCUUAGUUGUGUAGUUAAGAGAAGCACCGGUAAUAGAGAUUUGAUCUAUAACCAAUCAAAGAAUGAUAUAAGUAAUAAAGAAUCUAGUUAUUGAGUGUAAGGUUUGGCAUGUAAUAGAGACAAAUGGAUACAAUAAGGCAUGGCCUGCGCAGUUCCAUUACUGUCCUUAGUGUCUUAAUUCUUAUAGUAAUAGGUGAAAAUACAGAUUAGACGCCCAGGUUAUAAGACCAGUAGACAGGAAAGUAAUACCGAAGCUUGAACGUAGUAAUGCAAAUGGUUUGUGGAAGAAAUGAAGUGGCAAUAAGGAAUGAAAGAUAUGGGCAUAUGCCUAGGGCAGGAGCCUGUGCUCUAUCAUUAAUUCUGAGAAUGAGAUCGAGUAAUGGCUGGCCUAGACAAAGCAGUAGAAGCCUAAGCUAAAGGGCAAGAUGCGAGGCAAGGGGUUAGCUGAAAGAAGUACCCGAGUAAAGGCAAGACUUAACGGACUUAGAAACAAGAAAAGAACUCUCAUUUGCAGACCCGCUAGCAACUUACUUUCCACUACUGAUUCAUUCUCUGAUCCACUUUCUGCGCACCCGGACCCGGAUACUGAUUGACUUAGGACGCGUAAGAUAUUCUUAUUCAUCAAAGGAACCGAACCUUCACUCGACACUGAUUGAAUUGCAGAUGAAACAAACUGACUUGAGACCCUAACUUUAUACCCUGACUUUAUACCCGGACCUGAUACCCUAACUUUAUACCCGCCUUACCCGCUCACUUGAAUUCUGUCUUUCUAUCUACGCAAUGACAACACUGAUUGACUUACUGCUGACUUUAUACUUACCGCUGACUUUAUACUUCACCGCUGACUUUAUACUUACUGAACUUUGAUGCUUGCACAUUGACGACUUGGAAAGCUAAAGCGCCUGCAUCCUCACUGAACUUUUAUGCUCUGGGACUACAACUCGGUGUUGCCUAUAAGCUGUCUCGUAUACAACAAGGAAGCAGUGUUUUUACAAGAUUCUAUAUGAGGUUCUCUGGGGCUAGCUUGAUUCUUCUCUUUCGCCCCCUGAUCCAGUAAAUAGCGUUAGCGAGUUCUUUAGUGCUUACGGAGUGAAGUUACGUGGGCAUACUAGUUUGUUUCAUCCAUUAAUAGUCGAUAAUUCACUGUGCUAAUUUCAUCCAUUAAUAGUCGAUAACAGUGCGUGCCGCCUUGCUAAAUUCAUAAAUCAAGGUAGUUUCAAUAAGCGGAAAGUCAAAACACUUCUUUUAUCUCGAGGUUCAUUGCCUGACUUCGAGCUGCACUCUGCUGGUAACCGGUGAAGACGACACUUGAGCCUUGCUUGGUACGGCGAGUAUGAGACAAAUCGGAUUGCUGCUCAUCAUAUGCCCCAGUGGUCAAUGUCAAAAGCAAUGCAAUAGAGAAUAACGCUUGGAAGAUGAUUGCAUAAAACAGAAUCCAAGCAUCUGAACAAAUACUCUAAAUGUAUUUAUUAACUGGCUGUUUUUCUUUGAUGCUGUAGUUUUGGCUCUUUCCUCUUUUCUGCUUAGAUUAGCUAGCAGGGUAUGCUCCAAGUAGUUUCGGGCGCACUACCAGUGGUUUUUCUUUGAUGCUGUAGUUGCUAGCAGGGCGCACUAUAGGAAAGAUGCCUCCGUUUGUUUUCAGGGUGGGGGAGAAGCAAGCCGAACCUCUGCCCUUACUUGAAUUCCGACCCGGACACGUCCCCAAUUCUCGUUGUGUUGGAUAAAGACGAGAUUCUGUAAGUAAUUCAGUGAGUGCUUUCUUUUUAAGUCAUUCAGUUAGUAGGUGGUUUCUUUUAAGGAGGGGUUUGAGCUUUGAAUAAGAAAAUGAAAUACGAACAACCGUGCUGGUCGUAAUAGAUCGACUUGAAUAUUGGAGCAAGAAGAAGCAUUCCCGUUCCAUUUUCAAGGAAGGAGCUGAAAGCCAUGAUACUUUCUGUUUCGUCGAGCCUUGCUUUGGUCUCCGGUUUGAUGGUUGUACGUGCUAAAAAUCCGGUACAUUCCGUUUCGUUUCCCAUCCCAGUCUUUCGCAACACUUCUGGUUUACUCAUAUUGUUAGGUCUCGACUUCUCCGCUAUGAUCUUCCCAGUAGUUUAUAUAGGAGCUAUUGCCGUUUCAUUCCUAUUCGUGGUAAUGAUGUUCAAUAUUCAAAUAGCUGAGAUUCACGAAGAAGUCUUGCGCUAUUUACCAGUCAGUGGUAUUAUUGGACUGAUCCUUUGGUGGGAAAUGUUCUUUAUUUUAGAUAAUGAAACCAUUCCAUUACUACCAACCUACAGAAAUACGACCUCUCUGAGAUAUACGGUUCAUGCCGGAAAGGUACAUUGUUGUACUAAUUUGGAAACAUUGGGCAAUUUACUUUAUACCAACUAUUCCGUAUGGUUUUUGGUUCCUAGUCUUAUUCUAUUAGUAGCCAUGAUUGGGGCUAUAGUAUUGACUAUGCAUAGGACUACAAAGGUGAAAAGACAGGAUGUAUUCCAACGAAAUGCAUUGGAUUCUAGGAGGACUAUAAUGAGGAGGACGACAGACCUUUAUCAGACCACGAUCGACUAACUGGGAAGUAGUGGU